AUGCAAGCAGGAGGGAAGAGGCGCGUAGCGGUGGUGGGGGCUGGGGUGUCGGGCCUGGCGUGUGCGCGUGCGCUGGUGAGUGCGGGACUCGAGGUGCGCCUGUUCGACAAGGGCCAGCGCGCCCCGGGCGGCCGCGUACACUCGCGCUCCGUGCGCCUCGAUGCCCAGGACCAGGUCGUGCCCCACCGAAGCUCGCCUCACGAAGAGAAGAAGGCCGUGGCCGAGGUGCUGAGCUUCGACGACGGCGCGCAGUACUUCACCGCGCGUGCGCCCGAGUUCCGCGCGUUCGUGGAGGAGUGCGUGGCGCGGGGAUGCGUGCGCGAGUGGGCUCCGCUCCGGGUGGCGGUGAUCGACAGGGAGGGCGAAGUGGUCCUCAAGCCCGACGACGAGGGCAAGAAGAAGGAGGAGAAGGAGGCAGAGAAUAAUGCGAGAUAUGUGGGCAGUCCCACCAUGCAAGCCUUUAUCCCAUUCCUCGCCCAGCCCGUGGCCCACACCAUUCAACAAUCCGUGCGCGUAGCCGACAUCCAGAGACGAGAGGGUGGCGAUGGCGGAGAGCGCUGGGGCCUGGUGGGAGAGAAGGGCGAGGAUUUGGGCGACUUCGAGGCGGUGGUGGUGGGCGUCCCCGCCCCGCAGGCCGUCGACCUCCUCCGCGCGGCUCCAAACCUCCGCGCCAAGGCCGCCUCCGAGAGCCUGCAGUUCGACGGGGCCUUCGUGAACGACAAGGCCUCGCCGCUCUCCUGGAUCGCCCGCAACUCCAGCAAGCCCGACCGCGUCGGCCACAAGGAGUGCUGGGUGCUGCACGGGAGCGCCGAGUGGUCAACCCAGCAUCUCGAAGACGACCCCCAGUCCGUCGCACGCGCGCUCGUCGACGGCUUCAAACGCGAUGAAGACGAUGAUGCUGACCACCAGCCCAUGAUGGACAGAGUCGUGGGCGGCGCGGUGGGGGAGCCGAGCUAUGUGGGCACGGCAUUCCGGUGGCGCUUCGCGAUACCGGCCAACCCACUGCCCGAGCGAUUCGUCUACGACGACGCCCUGCGCAUCGGCCUCUGCGGCGACUGGGUCGGCGGACCCCGCGUGGAGGGCGCCUUCAUGAGCGGACACCUCCUGGGCAAGCACCUCUCUGCCAGCCUCUGA